AAAAACGGAUUUCUUCGAGAAAAUACUCAAAAUCCGUGAACGCACGCUCCUCCUCUUCGCCGGAGAAGCCGUCAAACACCCAAACCCCGUGCAGGGAUCCCCUCCCCUCAACCCUCCCCACUCCGGCGAUCGCCGGCGGCCCCGUCCUCCGCCGCCGCCGCUGCCGGCGAUCCCGACCCGCCCGCCAUGGACGACUUCGUCCUCGUCGACGACUUCGGCCCGUUCAAGCCCCCGGCCGCCCCAGCCUCCGCCUCCGCCUCCGUCUCCGCCUCUCACUACGACGACAUGUUCGACUCGUACUUCAACCGCUCGGCGGAGCCCGCCGAGCCGUCCCCCUCGUCCUCCGCGCCGUCGCCACUGCGGCCGCCCGUGUUCGACAGGCCAGUCUUCGACGACGACGACCACGACGCCGCCGAUCCAUUCGACGCGAUUCCCUUGUUCGGAGAUGUGGGCAGCGGCGGCGGUGGUGGUGAAGGGGAGGACUUCCUCGAUAGCCUCGGGAAGGGCGCGAGGGCAGAUGUGAGUGAGCCGGAGGUGGUGGGGUUUGAUGAUGAUUUAAUCCCAGGGCUUGGGAGCACCAAGUCGAAGACUACGGUGGGGGAGGUGGAGCAGGAGCCGGAAGCGGCGGGGUUGGUCGACGAUUUUAUCCCUGAGUGGUUCGCUGGAAGCACGGUGCCGACGAAGCCAGCACCUCAGGUGAAGCCCAAGGCAAUGGGGUUUGAAGACGAUGUGGUCCCUGAAUUUGGCGAAAGCACGAGCCAUCACGAUUCACCAUGGGAGGAGCCUAGAACUAGACAAGAAAAGGAAUCAAUUUCAUCCAUUAAAACAAGUGUACACAUGCCAGACAAUCCUUUUGUCACUCUUGGGCUGUUUACAGAUCACGUGGACAACAUGGGAAUGCCCACAAAGUUGGAAAGCACAAACUUGGAGCCCCCUUCUACUGCCAGUGAGAUGUCUGAUAAUUCUGAUAUUUUUUCUGGGGUUACAGAACCAAUGCCAUCAUUUUCAUUUGCAUCUGACAAAGAAAGUAUUUUUGGUGAAAAUAGAUCUUUAGAUGGCAUUCACAGCAUGAGCCAUUCCAUUAAAAUACCUCAGGAAAAACCAGUCCAACAAGCUUCAGCCAAAAAAGUUGGCAGUAUAAUGCCAGAGAUGCAUAUCCAUGAACCUCCUGGAACCAUCGGUUUCAAUACUUUAAAUCCACUUCCUCAAAAUUUGAGGGACGAGUUGCCAGAGGAGAAUCAAUGUUCCAAAAUGUCUGAUGACGUGUGGUUAACUGUUUCAGAUGUUGUUCUAGUAACACAGCCUACCAGUGCUCCACCUCCUUUGAGGCCUCCACCUCCUCUUGCCACCAAGCAAACACCUACUGAAUCCAACACUAAUAGUGCAUAUCCAUAUACUCAUAAUGAAGGUUACAAUCCUUUUAUAGUUUCAACAAACACUUCUAAAACAUCCAAAAUUGAUGAAUUGGAAGAAUUUGUCAAGGUGAAGCCUUCUAACUUCACCAGUGGUUGCACACAAGAUCUAAACCAUAGAAUAGUUGGGAUUGGACAAGAUUCAUCUACAUCUGCUGCAGGUUUCAAGGAUUGGGCUGAGCUGAAACACUCUAAAGGGGUGAACCAAGGGAACUUUGAUUCGAUGUUCACUAGCAGUCAGUGCCAAGAAAAAGAAAUUGAUGACAAAACAGAGUUCUAUGCCUAUGAAAUGGAAAAUAAAGACGGAGAAGAGAGAUUAGAGCAUGAGAAGAAACAAAGAGAGAGGGAAGAAGAGAAUGAGAGGGAAAGAGAAAUGAUGAGAAGGGAACAAGAGGAACAAAAGAGGCGUGAAAAAGAGAAAGAGGCAAGGCACGCUGUGGAGAAGGCCAUACGAGAGGCACGUGAAAGGGCAGCUGUGGAGGCACGCAUGCGAGCUGAGAGGGAGGCUCGUCAAAGAGCAGAGCGAGCUGCCGUACAGAAAGCAGCAGCAGAAGCACGGGAGAGAGCAGCAGCAGAAGCAAGGGAGAGAGCUGCAAAGGUUGCUGCAGAAGCGAAGCAAAGGGUGGCUGCUGAGGAGGCUAGGGAAAGGGCUGCUCAAGCUGCAGCAGAAGCCAGGGAAAGGGCCGCAGCAGAAGCAAGGGAAAGAAUAGCCAAAGCUUCUGCAGAAGCCAGGGAAAGGGCAGCUGCAGAAGCUAGAGAAAAGGCAGCAACAGAAGCUCGAGCUAAAGCUGAGCGAGAUGCUGUUCAGAAAGCUGCAGCAGAAGCACGAAGGAGAGCUGAAAGAGCAGCUGUUGAGAGGGUUGCUGCGGAAGCUCGACAAAGAGCUGCCAAUGAAGCUAGAAAAAGAGCUGAAGCUGAAGCACGUGCGAGAGAAAAUCAGCAGAAAACAGCUCAACCUGAUCUUGACUCUUUCUUUGGUAUGCCUUCUAGAUCAAGCAGUGCACCAAGGUCACAGACUGCAACAACAAAUCCUUUUGAUGUUCAUCCUCAAGGGUUUGCUGAUUUUGGUGCUGUAAGAACUUCUUCUGCUUCAGCUUCUCCCUUCACACAACCUUCAUCAACUAAUCUUAUGGAUGAUCUCUCUUCUGUAUUUGGAGCACCUUCAUCAUCUAAUGUAUUUCAAGAAGUGGAUGGAGAGAGUGAAGAAAGAAGGCAGGCAAGAUUGGAGCGCCACCAGAGGACCAUGGAGCGUGCGGCAAAAGCUCUUGCUGAGAAAAAUGAACGUGAUUUGCAAGUUCAGCGGGAGCAGGAAGAAAGACAUAGAAUUAGUGAAACAUUUGAUUUUGAGAUAAAGAGGUGGGCUGCUGGGAAGGAAGGCAACUUACGGGCCUUGUUGUCUACGUUGCAAUAUGUUCUUUGGCCUGAAUGUGGGUGGCGACCUGUAUCAUUGACUGAUUUAAUUACAGCUGCAUCUGUCAAGAAAGAAUACAGGAAAGCCACAUUAUGCAUCCAUCCUGACAAGGUGCAGCAAAAGGGUGCAAAUCUUCAACAGAAAUACAUUGCAGAAAAGGUUUUCGACCUUCUAAAGGAAGCAUGGAACAAAUUCAACUCGGAGGAACUCUUCUAAUCCCACCAUCUGGCAAUCACGGUGGUACAGGAAAGGACAUAAAUGACAUACUAGUAGAGCUUUUACUAUUAUUUUCUAUCAUUAAAAUAGCUCAUCCUUUUUGCUUAUUAUUCUUUGCCCUGAUUCUUUCCAUUCAUUCUGAUGUAACCAUAGUUUGCUUCCUGGAGCUUGUGUGUUGUAUCUGCCAAUUUUGGUUCCCAUGGCCGUGUAAGUAAAGUUAUAGAGAAACAACCCUGUAAAUUCUAACAUUCCAUUUUGUGGAAAGUAUUAUAUAUAUGUUGUGUUCUACCAUGUAUGAUGUCAAACUUGGUAAAUAGCUACUCCCUCAUAUUAAAAUGUAAGCAUUUAUGAGUUG